GCCGGGCUCCGGGGGGGGGUGUCUCGCCCGGGCUCCCGGUGCGCUCGGCGGGGCGGCCCAGGUGCGCCGGGCGGGGGGGUCCCGGGGCGCGGGGGGGGGGGUCCCGGGGCGGUCGCGGUGUCCCGGUCCCGCCCGUGCCGCUGCCGCCGCGGUGCCCCCGGGCGCGGAGCCACCAGGAACUGCCCCGGGUUUUCCUGCCCGUCCCGUCCCGUCCCGGCGCCGCGCGGCGCGGGGCCGGGCACGACGGGGCGCAGCCCGGGGACCCCGGCCCGGUAUCGGUUCUGCUUUCGGGGGAGGCGGCGAUUUCGCAGUAACGGGGGGCGGGUGCCACCUGCCCCGGGGAUUCCCCACCACCCCACCCCAUAAGAGCCCGGUAGCCGCGCCGGUGGCGGCAUCGACCGACCAUGGCCCCGCUCCGGCUCCUCUGCCUCUGCCUCCCGCUGCUGCUGCUGCUGCCGCCGCCCGCGGCCCCGGCCCCGGCCCCGGCCCCCCGCACCGACUGGGCCGCCUGCAGGAACCUCUCCCGGGAGCUGUCCCAGCUGGUGUCGACCCUCAAGGAGCCGCACCGGGCCCUGGAGGAGAUGCGCCUGAGCGAGGAGGACCCCAAGAACUGGCCCCCCCGGAUCCGCUGCAGCGACGCCUGCGACCCCUCCACGCUGGACACCAACAACACGCGCUGCCUGCGGCGCAUCCUCCAGGGGCUGCAGCACUACCGGGACCUGCUGGGCUCCGACAUCUUCACCACCCGCCGCCUGACCAAGCUGGAGGCUGCACUGGACCGGCUCCUGGGCCUCAUCCAGCAGGAGCACGGCCGUCCCCCCCAGCAUCCCAUGGCCCCCAGCGAUACCUGGGCCCACCCGCUGCUGCAGCGCCUGGCACUCCAGCGGCUCCAGUCCUUCACCACCAUCAUGAGCCGCGUCUUCACCCACAGUGCCAGCCCCCACUGAGGCCGGCCCGGCCACGGCCCCCCCGAUUAUUUAUUCCCCUCCACCCCAAGGGCUAUUUAUGUGCAAUGCUCCCUAUUUAUCUCGGG